AUUAAACUCCUAAGAAUAAUUCGAUUACGCUGCGUAGUUAUAGUACAUUGGGAGAAAAGGUCUGAUGUUGAAAUGUUUGUCGUUCAACAUAUGCGACGUUCACACGCUUGAAGCUUCCUAUAAAAGGACAGCGAUGAACAAGCAACAACACAUAACUUGAAGAUUGCGAAAAGUGACAAAGAGAAUAAUCAUGAAGUGUUUGGUAAUAUUAUUUGCUGCGUUUGCGACAGUCGUUGUAACUACUGCGUCUGAGAACAGAAUACAAGUCAAAACAAUUUUUAACGAAGUAACAGCAAGAUACGAAGGCGACGAUGUAGAGUUAUAUUGUGAAUACAGCAUUGCUAGUGGAGUAGACCUCCCUGUUACUGUGACAUGGAAAGUAGGGGACGGUCCUCGCUACGCCAGCAGCAUAUAUGAGUGUACUGGUUACACAAACUCGGCCAAAACUUGCAACACUGAACAAGUCUUUGAUCCAGCAUAUGAAGGCCGUAUCAAGUUUGAGCAGAACUAUCUUACGCUUUCUUCGGUCCAAGGAUCGGAUAAUCGUAACUACUGGUGCCAAGUUGCAUUGGAAGGUAGCAGCCAGCAUAGCGAUGAAGAAUUCGACAUGAAAUCAGUUGUACUUGUUGUCCCUGAUAGCGGCACAAUGCCAAAGUUUAACACUGUAAUUGUACAAGAAGAUAGCGUCCAACAACUGGGAAAGGAAAUGCUUUUAACUUGCGAGUGCCUUCAAUCCAGCAUUUACUGUGAAGAUAUUUACUGGUACAAAGGCCCAGUAGAUAGCGAAAACUCAAAUUACGAUCUGAUUUAUUCAAGAGUGACUCAGCAUUAUGCUUCUUCACCUGGAACCUACAUACAGUACCAAUCUUAUGGGGAUUGGGAACACCGAGCAGUUUUGAGCGGAGAUUCUUUGUACGUUACAAUGCUAAAGGCUUCAGAUGCUGGACGCUACUGGUGCGAGGGGCGAACAGCAGCUUACAAAAGCAUUGGAGAAUGGGGAACAGACGCCCAUUCGACAGUGGUUGAGAUUGUUUAAAAAAGCAAGAAGUCCACGAUUUUUGUCAAAGUUGAUGAAAAAAUCUCUGUUGUGCUUUCAAAUAUAUUUUUACGGUGUUGCAAA